UCCUUAUAUGAACAUUUUGAUGGAGAAUUAAAGCAAAUGGAGAAUAAUAAGAAACAGAGGCAACACAAUUGUGCCACGGAGACCCCAAGGGAAACCUCUACUCCAUCACUCUCUCCAGAUGAAAAUAAUGACAUUAAGAAUUCAGCAGAACAGGUGAAGGAUGUCUGUAAGGUAUCUCUUGAGGGUCAAAUACCAGAAUUAGAAGUGGAUAAUCUUCAGAGUGGAGGACCAGACAAACAUGCUAAUUCUCACUGGGUAGGGAAUGGUUUCUCAUCUUGUGGCUUGAAGACACUAAAAAAGGUACAUAAAGAGACAGUGUUGGAGGCUGACGAAGAACUAACAAGGUAGCAUAAUCUGGUAAGCUUAAGCUUUAAUGUAAUGCAGGCUAUAAUCAAGAUUUUAAGUUUUUCCCAAAUUUAUAUUUCAGCUAGAAGAACGAAAUCAAAAUCUGUAUGGUUUUGGCUGAUCUAAAUUUGAAUAUUUUGAAUAUCUUGGAUUUUGUAAUUCAGGUCAAAAUUUUGACAAGACUAUUUCAUGCCAAAGUACUCUCAAGUCUCCCUGUA